AUGACCUCUGAAUCUGAAUGGCUCUGCUCGAUGUUUAGAUUCCCUCAUCAAUUUCAUUUAGGAAUUGGAAUGAUGCGGGCCAAGAGCAGUGAGGGCAGAAACAGAAGUAGCACCAGAACUAAAAAGGCCUUCCUUAUACAAACCACAAUAAGCUGGAAUUCUGGAAGACUAAAAAAGGCUGACCGCAUGGAUGGUGAGGACCGCAGCUGGGGCGGCGGCCGGCCUCCGCCACUCCGCUCGCUGCUCCUGCACUGGUUUCUGAACCGCAUCCCGUCACCUCCACUCGUCAUCGCCAAGCGCCAAGGAUCACACACGUCUCUCUUUGGUAUCCAUUUGAAUGAAAUACUAGAUGAACAAAAGGGGCUUACUGCGUCCAAGCGGGACUGGAUUGAAGAAGAAAUGUAUUAG